AUGAAAACCUUGUCCGACGAGGAGCUCACAAAUCUCGCGGGCAAUUACUUCGCCCCGAAGGGACUUUACCGUCACACGAAAGCCUUGCCAUUUUUGGGUAGUCUUGAGUGUAACACAAAGACUCUCAUUGCUGGGCAAUGGACUGAACUCAUCGUGGAAUACACGGUUGGUGCCAGUGGCCUUGCUGAUGGAGCUUGGAUCAAAGGAACCUUCAAGUUCUACUCGGACUGGGCGCUGUGUCAGACUUCCGACCCAAAGGAAGACAACUACGUAUCGUUAGAAUACACGCCAGGCCCUCUCCACGAAGGACAAACGGCGGCGACGGUACAGUCACUGGCUGUUCGUUUCGACCAAAAGGGCCACGAGCGACCAUUCCAAAAGGCCAUCAUCGUUAACAUUGUCGACGGUGACAUGAACCCCGGAGAUAAGAUUACUGUUCGAAUUGGCGACAGACGAUGGGGAUCGCGGGGUACCCGAGUUCAAACAUUCGUUGAAGACAAGUUCUUGAUGAGGUGGUAUAUUGAUCCAGUCGGAACUUCAAGAUUCGCUCCCAUCAAGCCUGACAUUGCUUUUCCAAUCAAAUCGGGACCAGUUGCUAGAGUCAAGACCAUAACUCCCCGAGUUGUUAGGCCUGGCGUUCCCGCCCCCCUUCACGUCCAUACCGAGAACAUCUGGGGCAAUGCGACAGCAGACCUAGGGAAUCUGAAAGCUGAAGUCAAAUUGAUCAAAGUUGGCUCCAAGGCAGAGGUUGUCCAGACUAAAACUUUGCCUUUCGCAGCUCAGGGAUGGACGGUGAUGAAUGACACAUACGAGUUCGUCAAAGAUGGGGACUACGAUCUCGUCGUGGCAGUAUCUGUCGAUGCCUCUCUACCCAUCCCUCGGCCGUUGUGCUCUGAUCUUCACGUUCACUCCGAUGACACUGUCGGCACCAACUCGACCACAUACAACUUCUCUUACGCCAAGGAAAUUGCCGGCCUUGACGUCGUCGGAUACACUGCUAAUGAUUUCAACAUUACCAAAGAGAAGUGGGAGCACACGCUUGAGAUCAUUAAGAGAGUUGAUUCGCCUGGCGAAUUUGUCGUAUUCCCUGGGACAGAAUGGUGUGGCAACUCAGCCGCUGGGGGUGAUCACAAUGUCGUCUUUCUCGAUGACCCGAAGACGAGUCAACCCGAGUUCCCUUUUGACAAGAAAGGGAAUGUAGCUCGUAGCUUCGAGUGGAACGAGGACGGACCGGCAGAGCUGAUACCCGGCGCUUGGCCACUGGAUGAAGUCUACGCGACUUACGCUCAUACACCUGAAAGCCACCUUUUGAUCCCCCACGUUGGCGGUCGUCGAUGCAACCUAGCCUGGCACCAUCCCCAAUUGGAACGUCUUCUCGAAAUUGGCAGCGCUUGGGGGUUAUUCGAGUGGCUUCUUCGCGACGCCGUGAAACGGGGCUGGAAACUCGGCGUUUCCGCCAAUUCGGAUGAGCACCGGGGCCGAUGUGGAGGCGGGGUACCCGGAACUGCCGUCUUUGGCACGAAGGGUGGAUUGACCGGCGUCUUGGCCGACAAGCUGGAGCGUGGUGAGGUUGCGAAGGCCUUGCGGGCAAGGCGCGAUGAUGUAUUUGUGAAGGAUAAUGAGGAACUCGUUCUCAGGUACAGCUUCUUUGGUGCGGGAGGGUACUCUUCCAUCGAGGCUUGGGAUGCGAGUGGUCGGAUUCUCCACCGGGAUCUCCAGAAAGAAGCAGAAACUCACACCACGGCAUCAACUCCUAGAAAGAUUCGCGUGACUUGGGGAGGGGCUCGCGUUUACGACAGAUAUCGUGAGGCUGUCUGGCACGGAUCAAUCCUCCUUCCCGGGGCGGUAAUCUCGCAUAUUCGACCUUUCGGGGGCGUGCUUCACAAUGCCGAAGAUGAGAUCAAGCAACUUUCCCAAAACCAGGUGGUCUCCGAGACCCGAACCAGCGGGGAUUUCGAUGGUGUUGACAUUUUCCUUGAUGACACAUCGGAAACCCCCUCUACUAUCAGCGUAUCGGGCCAUUUAGGUGGAUACGUCAAAGUUGGUGACGCCCUCAAAGGAAACCCCCACAACCCGCAACCUCGGUUCAACUUGGUUGCAACGGCAAAGGACUUUACUCAGGAAGGAGGGGUGCGCGACGACAUAGUGGGCGGUGCUGGCCUCUUUGUGUCCAUCGAUGGUCUGUUGGAUGUUCCAUUGCCCAAAAGAGUUGAAGGCAGCUUCACAGUGAAGGCAGAGUCUGGUAGUGGUGGUGACCGGGCGGUGUACUUUGUGGGCAGAGAGUAUGGUGGAGGGAAGGUCAUCACUAGUCCUGUAUUCAUCAAGUACGAGUGA